AGAAUGCCACGCGGCUAAUAUGUCGCCGAAAAUGUCAGCUCCCUGAGAACUCAUGCAGCAGGUUACUACGGGAGUAUUUGUGUUUAAGUUGCGUGUGUUUUGUGUCGAGGACAUCCCCCCAACGGUCCUCUGACGCCUCAGGAGUCUCCGUGUUGUUUCUGCCAUGUUUGUUUGAUAAACGUCCUCCGCAGCUAGCUGCGGCUAGCUAACCUUUACCCGCCGUCCUGUCUUCGUGCAGCAGAAAGCAUGUCUCUGUCUCUGCUGAGGAGAGUGCUGCAGUUCAAGCUGUGCAGGAGGAAGAUGCAGAGCGGAACCUUUGUGUUCAGACACCGCUGGAUGAAAACCCUGCCCGUGAUCUCCAGCAGCAUCAGGAGGAUGAGCAGCCAGCCCGACAAGGACACUGUUGACCUGUCCAAGUUCCCUGUGGACAGGAUCAGGAAUUUCUGCAUCAUCGCCCAUAUAGACCAUGGAAAAAGCACUUUGGCUGACAGGCUGCUGGAGCUGACUGGUGCCAUUGCAAAGACGGAGAAGAACAAGCAGGUGCUGGACAAGCUGCAGGUGGAGCGCGAGCGAGGGAUAACGGUGAAGGCCCAGACGGCCUCGCUGUUUUACAGCCACCAGGGAGAGCAGUACCUCCUGAACCUCAUCGACACGCCGGGUCACGUCGACUUCAGCUACGAGGUGUCCCGUUCGAUUUCGGCAUGUCAGGGCGUCCUGCUGAUUGUGGAUGCGAAUCAGGGCAUCCAGGCUCAGACGGUCGCUAACUUCUACCUGGCGUUUGAAGCCCAGCUGGCGAUCAUUCCAGUCAUCAAUAAGAUUGAUCUGAAAAACGCCGAUCCAGAGCGAGCCGAGUCCCAGAUUGAGAAGGUGUUUGAUAUCCCUGCAGAGGAGUGCAUCCGGAUUUCAGCUAAACUGGGAACGAACGUGGAGAAAGUCCUCCAGGCGGUGGUGGACAGGAUCCCCCCGCCCGUGGCCAGUCCCGACCACCCCUUCAAAGCCCUGGUGUUCGACUCCAAUUUCGACCACUAUCGAGGAGUGGUGGCAAACAUCGCCGUGUUCGGAGGCCGGGUCAGAAAAGGGGACAGAAUCGUGUCGGCGCAUCUCAACAAGACCUACGAGGUCAACGAGCUGGGCCUGCUGCGGCCAGACGAGCACCCGACACAGCGGCUGUUUGCGGGCCAGGUGGGCUACAUCAUCGCCGGGAUGAAGGACGUGAAAGAAGCUCAGAUUGGCGACACUCUGUACCUCCAGGAGCAGCCGGUGGAGCCGCUGCCGGGGUUCAAACCGGCCAAAGCCAUGGUGUUCGCUGGCAUGUAUCCAGUGGACCAGUCGGAGUAUCCCGGCCUUCGCAGCGCCAUCGAUAGGCUGACGCUGAACGACUCCAGCGUCACGGUGCAGAGAGACAGCAGCCUGGCCCUGGGAGCAGGGUGGAGGCUCGGGUUCCUGGGCCUCCUCCAUAUGGAGGUGUUCAAUCAGAGGCUGGAGCAGGAGUACAACGCCUCCGUCAUCGUGACGGCGCCCACCGUGCCCUACAGGGCCGUGCUCUCCUCCGCCAAACUCAUCAAGGAGCACGGCAGUGAGGAGAUCACCAUCGUCAACCCGGCUCAGUUCCCUGACCGGUCGCAGGUGUCGGAGUACCUGGAGCCCAUGGUGCUGGGGACCAUCCUGGCUCCAGACGAGUACACCGGGAAGAUCAUGACUCUCUGCUUGAACCGCAGGGCGGUCCAGAAGAACAUGAUCUACAUCGACGACCAGCGGGUCAUGAUGAAGUAUCUCUUCCCUUUGAAUGAAAUCGUUGUGGAUUUCUACGACGUGCUCAAGUCCAUGUCCUCGGGAUAUGCCAGCUUUGACUAUGAGAACGCCGGCUACCAGACCGCCGAUCUGGUGAAGAUGGACAUCCUGCUGAACGGCCGUUCUGUGGAGGAACUCACCACGAUCGUGCACAGGGAGCGAGCGUACAGGACGGGGAAGGCCAUGUGCGAGCGACUCAAGGACUCCAUCCCCAGACAGAUGUUUGAGAUCGCCGUGCAGGCCGCCAUCGGAAGCAAAAUCCUCGCCAGAGAAACGAUUAAAGCCUACAGGAAGAAUGUUCUGGCAAAAUGUUACGGAGGGGAUAUAACACGAAAGAUGAAGCUGCUGAAGAAACAGGCCGAGGGCAAGAAGAAGAUGAGGCGGAUCGGAAACAUCGACGUGCCCAAAGACGCUUUUAUCAGUGUCCUGAAGAGGAAAGACAAAUGAACUGUGACGCCAUCAAGGCAACAUUAAAGUUGCACCUCAGCAGAGUGCAAAGCAUCCAAAGCCUGGGAGCCCCUCUGGCUGGAGAGAAAACGCGCAGGAUUGGUGUCCUUGAUCUUUCAGGCCACAUCGAGAAAAG